GUUCGAACGGAACAGCUGUGAAAGUUGGAUGUGAUAUUCGGAGAAAAACCAAUCAAAAAGUUAAGAAAAAUAAGAAAUUUGUAGAAAAAAUUAAAUCUACCAGUGAAAAAAGGAUAAAUUUUAUAUUUAAAUAUAGAUCUUUAUUAAAAUAAAGCUAUAGUAAAACAACUGCAAUAAAUUAACUCAAACAAAGUGCAUAAAAAUAUAAAAGAAACACCUUAAAUUGGCAAAUGAAUAAUAUUGGAAAAAAGCCUGCUGCACAAACACCAAACAAAAAAGUUAAAAGAAAAUUAAAUGAAAAUGAUAUAAAAAGCUUUUCUUUAAACUACAUCCUUUGAAUAAAGUUUAGUGCAAAAUAAAUCAAUUAAUGCUAAAAACAUAUUAUAAACUAAAACAACAAUUAAAAAUUAUAUAAUAAUUCAAUUGGCAACCAAACUGACUUCACGCUAACAAAAAAAAAUUUCAUUAGUUUUCGAUGAUGAUGGUUGUUUAGCUAUUUUUGGUGAAAUUGUUGUUUAUAGAAAAAAAAAUAGUAAAAAAAAUUCGAAAGUGUGUAAGAGAAUUGUGCACAACACAAAUGUUUUAUAUGAAAAUCAACUAUUAGUAACAAAUUGUUACGUGAAUUUAAUAAAUAAAGAGAAAAAAUUGUAUAUAUAUUGUACCUAUAUCGUGUGUAAAUUUGACAAACGAGUGUUAAUUACAAAAAGAAACUUUUAUUAUACGCGUUCAAUAAAUAAGAAGAAAUCAAAAGUGCUUAAUGGAAUCGAAUCUUAUGGAAUUGCUGCUGCUUCCUUAAAUAUAAGAUCUUAAGAUCAAUAUCUUAAACAAACGGUAUGUGAAUUUAUGAAUAAAACCCGAUACAGAGAUUUUUGUUUUUUACCAUCCACAUAUAAGAUGAUAAUAAUAUGAUGCUAUUGAAAGUUAACGGUUGUUAAAUCAUUAAAAGAAAAUUACUUCCAAUCAAUAGAAGAAAAUUGGCAAAACAAUAAAAUAAACUAUAAAAAUACCAACGAAAAAAACACAACAGAAAAGUUUUUUUUUUUUGUUAAUAAACGACACCUGUAAUUGAAAGGAAUCAAAAAAAUAAAAACAAAACAAACUAACUGUUAUAAAGAGACCAUAACAAUAUAAAAAUAAAACAAAUCUCAACUGAGACGUCAAAAACACUUGAUGCAAAUUAAAACAAUUCUAUACUGAAAACAGCAACAACAACAACAACAAAAUACUCUACAACAACAAUUACUCAACUAGAAAAAGAUAAAUGUUAAUGUCAGCGCCAUCUAUAAAAUCAACAAAUAAUUACAAACAGAAUAUAACGUGUAGAGGAAAAACGGAUGUAAUUGAUUGACAAUUGAUUGAUUUCCUACUGUUUCCGUUAUUAUACAAUUUAUAAAAAAAAGAAACGCUAAAUAAAACGAGUAUAACUCCACAAUAAAACAGAAUUAUUGGCCAAAGAGAAACAUUUUGUCACAUCAUCCAACAAAAUAGUUUACUUAAAAGUCGUGUGUGCUUUCUUUUAACAAAAUCAACGUCAACAUCACCACCAACUAUAAAAACAGUAACAAUAUUUUACAUUUAAACUAUAGGCAAACGCUUUUAGCAAAAUUCAACAAAAUUUUCAUUUUUGCACAAAUUUCAUUUGGAAUCAAAAAUUUCUCAACAUCAUGAUUGGUCGUUUAUUUCGGGCACAUGGCGAAUUUUGUGCAUCACAUCCAUGGGAGGUUAUUGUAGCAUUGCUUACGGUGACAGCAUGUAUGCUGACAGUUGAUAAGCAACAAUAUAUUACCACCACUACUACAUCUGAUGCUGGUGGAGGUGGUGGUGGUGGCAGCAGUACUACAUCUAGUCGACACCGUCCCUGUCAUGGCUGGACACAAUCGUGUGAAGGUCUAGAGGCUGAAUAUAAUGCAGCCGAUGUUAUUGUCAUGACAAUUGUCCGGUGUGCUGCUGUACUCUACUGUUAUUAUCAAUUUUGUAGUCUACACAAAUUGGGCUCCAAAUAUAUACUGGGUAUUGCCGGACUAUUUACUGUCUUCUCUAGUUUUAUAUUCACAACGACCAUAAUCAAGUUCCUAGGAAGUGAUAUAUCAGACUUAAAAGAUGCUUUAUUUUUCCUAUUACUACUCAUAGAUCUAUCGAAUUCGGGAACAUUGGCUCAAUUAGCUUUAGCCGGUACCAAUCAAGCGGAAGUCACAAAUAAUAUUGCACGUGGUUUGGAACUUUUAGGUCCAGCCAUUUCACUAGAUACAAUUGUGGAAACUUUAGUCAUUGGUGUGGGUACACUGUCGGGUGUUCAGCGUUUGGAGGUUCUUUGCACCUUUGCCGUUAUGUCGGUCAUUGUGAAUUAUGUUGUAUUUAUGACAUUCUAUCCGGCAUGUUUAUCGUUAAUUUUGGAUUUGUCUCGCAAUGGUAUGGAUAUGUCAUUGGUUAGAGCUAAAGCCAAGGAAUCAAUAAUAUUGAAGGCAUUAAGCGAAGAGGAACAAAAGACUAAUCCUGUAGUACAACGUGUUAAGAUUAUUAUGACCACCGGUCUAAUGAUUGUUCACAUUUAUAGUCGUAUGGUAUUUUCGAAUAGUGAAUACGAAAGUGUUGACAAGACAUUGACACCGAAAUUGAAUAUGAAUGUAAAUAAUAAUCGUACAGAAUCGGGAGAAUUGAGCGAUUUAAUAAUCAAAUGGCUGACAAUGAGUGCCGAUCAAAUUGUAAUACUUAUUCUACUCAUAGCAUUGGUAAUUAAAUUCAUAUUUUUCGAAAAUAAUUUACAUGAUCAACUACGACAAUCGACUGUUGUUACAAUUGCGGCCAAAUCAUCUCAGACACAACCACUUGAAGUGCUAAAUUCCAAUAUGGAAACAACACUUGAAACUAAAAACAUGGAAUUAAUGCAGCAGCCCAAUAAUACUGCCAAUCCCACAUCAUUGUCGAUUAAAUCUGUUAAAUCAAUGCAGGUUAUAUCACCACCAUCACGUAUACCAUUGUUUACCAUAGAGGAGUCAAACACUGCUAAUGCAGCUACACAAACAGACUACGAUUUAAUGGAUGGCAAUCGACGAGGUAGUGACUGCGCUGAACUGAUACCUUUGAGUGAAUGUAAUCAAUUGUCAAAAUCACGCCCACCACGCCCCUUGGAAGAAUGUCUGGAAAUUUUAAAUUCCACAGAAGAAGGCGGUGGUCCUGCUAAUCUAACCGAUGAAGAGAUUAUAAAUAUUGUUAGUGCUGGUGGCCAAUAUUGUCCUUUGCAUAAAAUCGAAUCAGUUAUUGAUGAUCCGGUGAGAGGUGUUAAGCUAAGACGCCGCAUUAUUAGUGAACGUGCCAAAUUGGCGGAAGGUCUUUUAGACUGUCUUCCAUACAAACAUUUUGACUAUAAGCGUGUUAUGAAUGCUUGUUGUGAAAAUGUCUUGGGCUAUGUGCCCAUACCAGUCGGUUAUGCUGGUCCUUUGCUGUUGGAUGGUGCGAAAUAUUUCGUACCCAUGGCCACUACCGAGGGUGCCUUAGUGGCAUCCACCAAUCGUGGUUGCAAAGCUUUAUCAAUUCGCGGUGUCACAUCGUACGUUGAAGAUGUGGGUAUGACUCGUGCUCCCUGUGUACGCUUUUCCAGUGUUAGUCGUGCAGCUGAAGCGAAAAUUUGGAUUAACGAUGAACAAAAUUAUAAACGUAUUAAAGCGGAAUUCGAUUCCACUUCACGUUUUGGUCGUCUCAAGGAGUGUCACAUUGCCAUGGAUGGUCCUCAGCUGUAUAUACGUUUUGUUGCUUUGACGGGUGAUGCCAUGGGCAUGAAUAUGGUUUCAAAGGGUGCCGAGAUGGCAUUGAAGUGUAUUAAACGUGAAUUCCCCGAUAUGCAAAUUAUCUCAUUGAGUGGCAAUUUCUGUUGUGACAAAAAACCAGCGGCUAUUAAUUGGAUUAAGGGUCGUGGAAAACGUGUGGUCACCGAAUGUAUAAUACCAGCAGCUACUUUACGUAGUGUAUUGAAGACAGAUGCUAAAACAUUGGUAGAGUGCAAUAAACUGAAGAAUAUGGGUGGCAGUGCUAUGGCAGGCAGUAUAGGAGGCAAUAACGCUCAUGCCGCCAACAUGGUUACAGCCGUUUUCCUAGCCACCGGCCAAGAUCCAGCACAAAAUGUUACAUCCAGUAACUGUUCUACCGGUAUGGAAUGUUGGGGUGAAAAUAAUGAAGAUUUAUAUAUGACCUGCACAAUGCCUUCCCUGGAGGUGGGUACAGUUGGUGGCGGUACUGGUUUACCCGGACAAAGUGCUUGUCUAGAUAUGUUGGGUGUUAAGGGAGCCAAUGUUGCCCAACCCGGUGAGAAUGCCAAAAAAUUGGCACAGAUUGUAUGUGCCACCGUAAUGGCAGGUGAAUUAAGUCUUAUGGCCGCUUUGGUCAAUAGUGAUCUAGUCAAGAGUCACAUGAGGCACAAUAGAUCCUCAAUAGCUGUAAGCACAAAAAUUAAUACAAAUAAUGCAAAUAAUCCAUUAAAUGUGACAGUAUCCAGUUGCAGUAAAAUAAGCUAAAAUUUAAACGAUUCUCUUGCAAAUAAUUGCUAUUAUAAUGAUAAAUAUAAUUUCAAAAUGCUAUUUACUACCUCUUGAUUUUUUAUUUUAUUUCAUUUUUUUAUAAAUUAAACAAAUCACAAGAAUAAAAAAAGUUAAUAUAAAAACAAUAAUAAAACCUAAAGAAAAUCUCGUAAUUUUUAUGAAAAAUAUAAAAAAAGAACUUGUACAUAGCGCCAAAUUUAAUUGAACAAUUCUAUUUUUAAACUUUAUUUUAAUGCAUUCAAACAAAAAGUAAAAAUUGCAUUCACUUGCCAAUUGAUACUAUAAACUAUUGACAUCUUAUGAAAAAUGUGUUACAACAAAUAAAUUGCGAAAAGAAAUCAAUUAGUUAAAACCAACAACAACAACAAUUACAUUUAAAACUAACAAAAGAAUCUGUUCAAAUGAAAGUUAUCAUAUGGCGUUAUUAUAAAACAAUUAACACUUCUUUUUAAAUAUAUAAGAAAAAAAAAUAUAUACUUAAACAAAAUACUAUAAAUUAGAAAUUUAAAUUUAAAUAAAAUGAAAAACAGUUUUAAAAACAACAAACCGUGUGUGCACGCACAAUCUUAUGAAUUAAUUAAAUAUAUAAAUAUCUUAAUGGUAGACCAAAAUGUGUAUAUUUGCUAAUUGUUAAUAACGUAUAAGAAAGAAAGAAAAAAUAAUAAUAAUAAACUAUUUAACUAAAAUAAAUUGUAUUUUUUAUAUAAAAGUAAAAGUGCUAAAGCAAUGUUGCAAAUACCAAAGUUUUAUAUUAAAAAUAAAAAUAACAAUAAAUACUUAUUUUUGAUUUUUAAUUUUAGAACUUUUUGUUAGCAUAUCCUUGGUUUUAUACUAAAGGAGCAAACAAACGAAACAUUUGUAAACUAUGUAGUAACAAAUUAUAUACUAUAUUUAAAUAUUAUUCUUUAGUUUACCUUUUCUUUGGCAAAUAAAUUAUUGUUUAACAU